AUUUAAUAAACAAUGACGCCCUUAUGAAGCAGUUAGCUGCUGAGAAAUUCGACGUUGGAUUGGCUGAAGCUGUAGGCAUAUGCGGCUUAGGCAUUUUGGAAGUUUUGAAAAUCCCAUCUUCAAUUGCCACCUGUUCAAAUGUACAUAUUGAUAUUGUAUCGAAAAGCAUUGGAGAGCCAUUAGUCCCGAGUUAUGUUCCCGGAGGUAUGGCUACCAAAGGUGAUCGCAUGAAAUUUCUCGAUCGACUGAUGAACGUUGUCGAUAUGGUGAUGAGCCAAAAGUUUUUUCGGGACCUCUUUGUCGAAGAGCUCAAAGUCUUCAGGGCUAAAUUUGGUCCACAGUUCAGAGAUUACGAGAUACUUUAUGAACACUUCAAAAAAUUCUAUGGACUACGUAUUUCUCUUCAGGAAAUCCUUGCAGAUGCGUCUUUUGUUUUCACAAAUUCAAAUCCUUACCUUGACUAUCCCCGUCCGAUGCUUCACAAAACCAUUCCGCUCGGUGGAGUGGCUGUCCGUAUAGAUCCCAAGAAAAAUGUUCUCACGAAGAAAUGGGAUAGCAUUUUGAACGAAAGAAACACUACCGUAUUCGUGUCGUUCGGUUCAGUGGCCAAAUCAAUCUACAUGCCAGAUGAGUAUAAGAGAAAUCUUUUGGAAGUGUUCGAAAGCAUGCCUGAAACGACUUUCAUAUGGAAAUACGAAGAAGAAGGUUCAAAAUUGGCCGCUCAUCUCAAAAAUGUCCACCUCACCACUUGGGCACCUCAAAACGCUCUUCUUGCUGAUCCUCGUCUAACAGCUUUCAUAACCCAUGGAGGCAUGGGCAGCAUAACGGAGUUGGCUCACUUCGGAAAACCAGCUAUCCUUAUGCCCAUCUUUGCUGAUCAAACCAGAAACGCCAAUAUGUUUGCCAAGCACGGUACUGGUAUUGUAUUGACGAAGUUUGCUUUGGAACAUCCACAGAACCUCAAAGAUUCUCUGAGAAAGAUCUUCACUGAUGUGAGGUACUAUUUUGUAGCUUUCCAAAUUGUUCAUAAGGUCUUCCAAAUUGGGGGAACGUCCGUUCCACGCGUCCGUCCUAACUAG